UGUGAGCAUAGCAGCACCCAGAGGGUAACUUAUUUUCCUUGUAGCCUCUCAGCCUGGCCAUUCUGACCUGCGGCAGCAACAGAGAAAGGAUUGUGUCUAGGGAAGAGCUCUGGAGGCGAAUGGGAGAGGCAUUUUGAAAUCUCCACUUACUUCAAUGACAAUCCACAGACCCACCCCUUGCAAAGUGAGGAGGUUGGCCGUGCGCCAUGGAUGUCACUGUCCACCUAAAGUCCUCUGAGGUCCAGCAGCUGCUCCACAACAAAUUCGUGGUCGUCCUGGGGGACUCGGUGCAGAGGUCGGUGUACAAGGACCUGGUGCUCCUGCUGCAGAAGGACUGCCUGCUCACCCGCAGCCAGCUCAAGGCGAAGGGGGAGAUGAGCUUUGAACAGGAUGAGCUGAUGGAGGGGGGCCAGCGGGGUCUUAUGCACAACGGCGUAACCUACCGUGAGGUCCGCCAGUACUGCUCUGACCACCACCUGGUGCGUUUCUACUUCCUCACGCGCGUGUACUCAGAGUACCUUGAGAGCAUCCUGGAAGAGCUGCAGUCAGGCGAGCACGUCCCCGACGUGCUCAUCAUGAACUCCUGCCUCUGGGACAUCUCCAGGUACGGUCACGACUCUUGGAGUCACUACCUGGAGAACCUCGACCACCUGUUCCAGCGCCUGCGCCAGGUGCUGCCCGAAUCUUGCCUCCUGCUGUGGAACACGACCAUGCCGGUAGGGGAGAGGACCACUGCACCCUUCCUUCCGCCUGAGCCCGAGGCCCUCCCCUACAACACCUCCCUGAAAUUCGACGUGGUCGAAGCCAACUUCCACAGCUUCGUGGAGGCCAGGAGGCACAACCUGGACGUGCUGGACUUGCACUUCCACUUCCGGCAUGCGUGGCAGCACCGGUGGACGGACGGGGUGCACUGGAGCCAGUAUGUGCACCGCGAGCUGUCCCAGCUGCUGCUGGCCCACAUGGCCGAUGCCUGGGGUGUGGAGCUGCCCCGCUACCCCGUGGGCAGGUGGAUCAAGCAGCCUGUGAAGAGUGUCGAAUUGUCCUCCCGGCCCAACAGAAAUCGCAGGUCCUUAAUGUCCCCAUCUGCCUGUACUGGCAGACCCCACUCCCUACUCGGGCCCCCGCCCCUGAUCCCGCUUCUGCCCCCACAGCUUCCUCCCAUUACCCCUCACCCGGGGAUGCCCCAGAUCCCAUUCUGUCCCCAAGAUACCUAUUUUUCCUCCGACCAUACUUUCCAGUCUGAUCAGUUCUAUUUCCAUUCUGACGUCCCCUCAUCUACCCAGACGGGAUUUUCCUUUGAACCCGACUUUAGUUGGGGUCCCCAGCCCCACAUGCCCUACUUCCCCACACCCUGUUACCAGCAGCCGGCCCCUGUGGUCCACAGAGGUUUUCCACGUUAUCUUCCCCGUGGUCCCUACAUGCCCUGGGGACGGCGACCCAGAAGGCCUUCAAAGAGAAGGGUUCCAGGCCCCAACCCACCCAGGCCUCAGUAGACUGACCCCGGCCUUUCUUCCUCAUGGACAUGGACUGCACAGAAUGUCUGCUGCUCCCUUCCCCUUGGCUGGCCCAAACAGACUGACCUUGUUAACAUAAGCCUUUAGUCCAUGCUUGGACAAUGUUUUGUUCUUUGCUAUUACCGAGGUAGGGAAGAGUAGUCAGACCUGUUCU